GGGGCGGGACCUGCGCUCGGCCCCGCCGCUUCCGCCGCGCUCAGCGGGGCUGGGGCGGCCCCUCCGUUCCGCCGGCUGUGAGCUGAGGCCCGCGGGAGAGCAGCCGGCUCUCCGCGGCGGGGCUGGUCUGCGUCAGCCCCGGCAGGAAAUCGCUGUAUAGAAGGCUGCCUCAGAUUUUGAUGAGCAGGCAUGGCUGUCACUCUGCAUACUGAUGUGGGAGAUAUUAAAAUUGAACUGUUCUGUGAGCGUACUCCAAAGACUUGUGAAAAUUUCCUGGCUCUUUGUGCUAGUAACUACUACAAUGGAUGCAUAUUUCACCGAAAUAUAAAGGGCUUCAUGGUUCAGACAGGGGAUCCACUAGGCACUGGGAAAGGAGGUAACAGCAUCUGGGGCAAGAAGUUUGAAGAUGAAUUCAGUGAAUAUCUAAAGCACAGUGUCCGUGGGGUGGUUUCCAUGGCAAACAAUGGUCCCAACACCAAUGGAUCACAGUUCUUCAUCACUUACGGCAAACAGCCACACCUGGACAUGAAGUACACGGUGUUUGGAAAAGUUAUUGAUGGCUUGGAGACCCUGGAUGAGCUGGAGAAGCUGCCCGUGAAUGAGAAAACUUAUCGACCUCUUAAUGAUGUUCGCAUUAAAGACAUUACAAUUCAUGCCAACCCCUUUGCUCUGUAGCCACAGAAUGCUGCAACACAUUCUUCAGAGACUGGUCAGAUAAUUCUCAGAUUAUGGGGUUUAAAGAGCCAUUAAAAAGGGUUACUUCAGCUGGAUCAUAUCUCUGCUAAUUGAAUGCAGAAUUUUCAGGAGCUUUAACAUUGCUUGGGAGUUGUCACAGAGAAGACUUCUGCUUCAGAAGCCAGGUUUUCCAGAGUAUCUUCCAGCAUUUUGAUUUUUUAGCAUUGUUUUUUAUACUUGUAAAAUAAAACUUUAGUUUUUUUUCCUAAUCUUUAGUUUUUGCUUUGUCUUUCUGAGUGAUGUUAUGUUAAAGCAAUAUCCUUUGCUAUAAUUUCAUGCUACCAGUUUUGUGAAACUUUCUUAUAAAGUAUCAUCUUCCUUACUCAGUUUUCUCAAAAGAGUAAAGUAAGAUACACAUUUUUUUCCCCUAGGUGAGAGCAGUGUCAUAAAUAAAUGAAACCUUUCCCUCCCAGAAGAUUAAAGAACAUAUUUAGAGGAGUGUUUGCUCUU